AUGUUGAAAUCUAAAUCGAUAAACAAUCGGAAGUCAUUCGAAGCAGUUCGAUGCGGUAGACUGGUGACCAGAUUGCACGUGGGGACAUCCAACAUGGCUGCCGAUGUUCGAAGCACCCUUAGUCUAGCAGAAGCAAGACAAAAGUGCGGCGAAAAGCACUCUUUGUUUCAAGUAAUUCAGUGUACAGAGCACAUGUGCUUACCACCUAGCUACUUAGGUCGUUUAAAAAAGGGAAUUGUAGAAGAACUCGACAAAAAAUUGAUGAAAUAUUGUGAGAAACUUCGAGCUGUUAUUGUCGCUUAUGACAAAGUUACACUGCUACAAAGGCGUGGGAACAUAAUCGACGAAAGCCCAUUUCUUCAUUUCGAUGCACAAGUGGAUUAUAUCACAUUCAAACCUGAAAUCGGUAACAAGCUGAUCGGUGUGGUGAACAAAUUCGGCUAUGAUCAUAUUGGGUGCCUGGUGCAUGGGUGUUUCAACGCAUCAAUUGCUAAAUGUAGAACAUCUAAUGGUCUGUACGGGAGUUUAUCCCUAGGUGACGAAUUAGCUUUCCGUGUCGUUGGGCUAGAAUCAGUAACUGGCGUUUUAUCUAUAUCUGGAUCGGUUGAUGAAAAGAAGAAUAGAAAAAUGAAAAUGACUUCAAAAGUUGUACCUAUGGACAAUAUACAAGAUGCUGCAUCUCAGAAGAGAAAUAUUAAGCAAAAUCAUGAAAACUCAGAACAAAUAACUCCAAAGAAGAAGAAAAAAGUAGAAUCACAGGAGACAGAUGGGGACAAUAACAAUUCAGUUUCAAUCUCUUCACAAUCUGACACUCAAUCAGUUCCCAAGAAAAGCAAAGACAAACAGCAUAAAAAGAAAAAGAGAAAAGAUAAUGUUUCACCAGUAUAAUGUCCUAGGAAAGAAAUUAUAUUGUGUGAAAAAUAAAUGUCCCUGUUCAUUUUUAACUAGAAAACUUUAAAGAAACUUUGUUAACCCAAACACUCAAGGAAGACAAGAAACAGUUCUUUAAGCAGAUUGUUUGGGUUAUUCUAGUAAAAAAAAAAUACUCUAACAUUGUAUAGGCUCGAAUUAGCAGGGAGUUGGAGCCGCAUGUGUAUGAGUUAUCAUGGCUUUAAUGCAUAAUAGUGGUUUGAAUAAAACCAUGAAACAAA